AUGUCUGCAGAACUGCCGAUUGAGGAUAUACCAGCUCAGAUGGUUGGCUUCUUCCAAAGGAAAAAGGUGAACCAGGACGUGCUUGAUCGACUGAGCAAAACACUGCGUUCUGCUGUACCUUUGCUUAAGUUUUAUGCGCUUCAGCAGCCCACAGAUCUUGCUGAGGAAAAGCGGUAUCUUCAUCUCUAUCAUGUUGUCUUUAAACUACGCUUACAGAUGGAUAUAAUUGGUGACAAUGACGAAGUUACUGAACUUCAGUACAGCGAACUGGAAGAAGUUAUCCGCGAAAUGGAAGAGCAUCUUGAAACGUUUGAUAAUCGACAGAAUUAUGAUGCUGUUUAUCCAAUCACUUAUAGCACCCGACUUGACCUAUGGGAAAUAAAGGAAUUUAUUGGAGGAGGCAGAUUUGGAAUUGCUCAUCGUGGCCUCAACAGAAAAACUGGAGAAUCAUGUGCAAUAAAGGAAAUACUUGACAUUGACGAUGCUGGAGUUGCCGAAUCUCUAGAUCGGAAAAAGUGGGACUCUAUUUUCACGAGUUUCAUAUGCUCAAAUACUUUCAUUUAUAAUCCCUCAUAUGCCUUGGAUAUUAAACCGCAUAAUAUACUUGUGGAUUCUGAGAACAAUAUAAAGCUUGCUGACUUUGGUUUGGCGAAGCAGCUAGCUGAAUCGGCGGGCGAUCACUCUUUGUCGGGAACCAUAUGUUAUACAGCUCCGGAGGUUAUAGAGCAUGGAGCAUAUAACAGCUCGGGUGAAGCCUCUACUGCUGAUAUAUGGAGUUUGGGCUUUGUAGUCAUUGAAAUGUUCACGGGCAAGCAUCCUUGGCCUGAUUGCAGUCUGCCGUGAAGUAGUUUGAAAGGAUCCGACAAAAUGUAAUCAAAAUCGUGAUUUGACUCGUAUAAACGGACGAUUUUAAUUUCUUGAGGCAUUGCAUCAGUAGCAUUUCCCAAAUUCUCUCAGAUGCCCGGUUUGACUUUUCAAGCCGAGUAUCAU